ACACACACACACACACACACACACAUCACUUAUUGAUCCAUCUGACGUCCGGGAAAUGGAUUGGUUUAAUAACAUCUCAUGGCCCUCUGGGAGCUCGGGCUUACCCUGCAGUUAUUCAUUACCUAGGUGUUGAUCGGGAGAGUUCUGCUGGGCGCCAUAACAACAGCAGGAACAGAUGUCGACGUAUAAGAGAGCCACGCUGGAUGAGGAGGACCUGGUGGACUCCACCAGCGACGACGUCUACCCAUCAUCGCCCAUGCAGGUGACCCUUCUGCACGGCCGCGGUCCCACAUGUUGGCCCGACCGGACUCAGAGAGAGAGGCGGCUGCUGUUUUCAGUGUGCGUCGUGUCCAUCGGCCUGUUCAUGACUCUCAUCGCGACCGGGGUCCUCUACAAACGGACACAGGCAGCUCACCCGGGCCUGUGCCUAUCCGAGCCGUGCAUUACUGUGGCCAGUGCGGUCAUGGGAGCCAUGGACCGAACCAUCGACCCCUGCCAUGACUUCUACAACUUUGCCUGCGGGGGCUGGGUGAAGAACAACCCCCUCCCCGAGGGCAAGUCCCGCUGGGGACCUUUCAGCAACCUGUGGGAGCGCAACAUGCUUGUGAUGAAGCAUUUAUUAGAAAACACGACGAUGAAAGGUCUGAGUAAGGCCGAGGAAAAGGCCCAGCGAUACUAUCAGGCCUGCAUGAACGAGGUCAAGAUUGAAGAGUUGGGAGCUCAGCCACUCCAAGAGCUCAUCAGUCAGAUCGGAGGAUGGGCCCUGACGGGACCCUGGCACAAGAACAACUUCCAGGCCGUGUUGCGUAUGGUGUCGGCCAACUACCGCACCUCGCCUUUCUUCACCGUGUUCGUCAGCACCGACUCCAAAAACUCCAACAGUAACAUCAUCCAGGUGGAUCAGUCCAGCUUGGGGCUACCGUCACGGGAUUACUACCUCAACAAAACGGCCAAUGAAAAGUAUCUGACGGCAUACCUCAACUUCCUGGUGGAGUUUGGGGUUCUCCUGGGCGGCUCCGAGGAGACGUCUCGGACGCUGAUGGAGGAGAUCGUGGACUUUGAAACCACCCUGGCCAACAUCACAGUCCCUCAGGAGGAGAGGCGAGACGAGGAGCUCAUCUACCAUAAGAUGGAGGCCAAGGAUCUGAUGACUCUGGUUCCUGCAGUGGACUGGAUGCCGUAUCUCACCGAAGUGUUUGCUCCCGUGCCGCUCAACGAGUCGGAGCCGGUGGUUGUUUAUGCCAAGGAAUACCUCCAGCAAGUUUCUGAACUCAUAACUAAAACGAACCAAAGCCUCCUCAACAACUACAUGAUAAUGAAGGUGGUGAGGAAGAUGGGGUCCAUUUUGGACCAACGGUUUCAGGACGCGGAGCAACGCUUCCUCGAGGUCAUGUACGGAACAAAGAAGAGCUGCUCUCCGCGCUGGAAGCUGUGCGUCAGCGACACGGACAGCGCCCUGGGCUUCGCUCUGGGAGCCAUGUUUGUCAAAGACACCUUUGCCGAGGACAGCAAGACUAUUGCUGAAGAUAUGGUUGGGGACAUUAAAUGGGCGUUUGAGGACAGCCUGAAGGAUGUGAGCUGGAUGGACACGGAGACAAAAAAAGCAGCAAAAGAAAAGGCAGAUGCAAUAUACAACAUGGUCGGGUAUCCAGAGUUCAUCAUGAACGGAACACGGCUGGACAAAGUGUUCAAUGAUUUUGAGGUGGUGUCGGAGCUUUACUUCCAGAAUGUCAUGCAGUACUACAACUUUUCGGCCAGGGUGACCGCGGACCAGCUGAGGAAAACUCCCAACAGAAACCAGUGGAGCAUGACCCCUCCGACCGUGAACGCAUAUUACAACCCAACCAAGAACGAGAUGGUGCUGCCGGCGGGAAUUCUUCAGGCUCCGUUUUACAGUCGUUCCUGGCCUAAAGCUCUUAACUUCGGUGGAAUUGGAGUCGUCAUGGGACAUGAACUGACUCAUGCGUUUGACGACCAAGGCAGGGAAUACGACAAGGACGGAAACCUGCGUCCCUGGUGGAAGAACUCUUCAGUGGAGGCCUUCAAGAAGCAGACGCAGUGCAUGGUGGAGCAGUACGGGAACUACAGCAUCAACCAGGAGCCCCUGAAUGGGAGGCACACCCUGGGGGAGAACAUCGCCGACAACGGUGGACUCAAGGCCGCCUACAAGGCUUACGUGAACUGGAUCAAAAAGAACGGCGAGGAGGCCACGCUACCUGCCCUGGGAAUGACGAACCAUCAGCUGUUUUUUGUAGGAUUUGCCCAGGUUUGGUGCUCCGUCAGGACCCCCGAGAGCUCACACGAGGGCGUCAUCACGGAUCCUCACAGUCCGUCAAGAUUUCGAGUCAUUGGCACCAUCUCCAAUUCACAAGAGUUCUCAGAGCACUUUGGCUGCAGAGCGGACGCUCCCAUGAACCCCAAACACAAGUGUGAGCUUUGGUGAUGCCUCACUGGGGGUGUUUUUUUGUGGGGGGGGAGAACACAUCGACAAAGUCUGUCCAGAUGGGACAACGCAAGAACCACUGAAACUCCUACUGCCUCGCCACUGCUUCCAGGACAACAUGGGCCUUCUCUGUGUGGAGGAUUGCAAUCUUUGGUGCGUCUCCUCGAGGGAUUGUUGGUUUUGGCAAACUGCUUGCCUCCAAACUUCUGAAGUUCAACGUUGCUAUGAAUGCGCACUGGAAACCCAGCAAGUGGUUACGGAAAAUGGGAGAACCACUCUCCAAUUCUGUGAACUGCUUCUGUUUGUCAUAAAGAGACACAUCAUUGUAUUUGUCCUGUAACUCUUCACUGUGCUUGGAUAAGCUUCCAUUUUAUUUUUUUAUUGCAUUUUAUUUAUGGUCACUUUUUUUUUCUUUUCGCGAUUAUGGACACUUCUUUUAAUCUGUUGAUUUGAGAAUGGAAUGAAUGUGUUUCAGGACUCGUGCAGCCGUUUGUACUUAAAGCAUUGCAAUAUUUCGGAAACACUUUGCGUACCAUUUGGGCACGUUUUUAUAGAGAUAUUGACGUGAUAUUUGUGUCCCGUUGCUGGCGUUUUAUUUCCGUCGUGAGGAAAUUUAAUACAAAUCAGUUGGCAGAAAGGAGACUUUUUAUUUUUAUUUUUUUACAGCAAUAAAUUCAAGUUCUAACUAUUUUUCAUUCAGAACUUGGUCAUGUAGGCCAACCCACAAUGUGCCAUAACUGUUUUUAUGAGUAGGAGUUUGUCACUAAUUAUUUUGUAUAGUAAAACCAGUCUUAAAACAUUU